AGACAGCUCUGAAAAUCAUUGUUUUCAAGUGAUGAAAAUGUUUGUGUGUUUAUUACUUGUUGUAAGUACAAGUGGUAGUUUUGGUUUUACUGAUGAGCAGUUUAAAGUUUUAGUAGAGAGACUUGCAUCAGUUGAGAGUCAGGUCAAUAUACUCACAGCAAAAGAUCUACAGAACACAGACCGGCUACAAGCUCAGGAGGAAGAAACAGCCCGACUACGGGCGAUUAUAAAGCACCAAAAUGAUGUGAUUGCUGGCCUACAGAAGGUGGACGUUGCAGACAACGAGGAAGCCAUUGAAGACAAAACGCCGCUACCCCACCUCUCUGUAGAGCGCAAUGCAUCUGUUCACAGAGGCAGCCGCUUCGUUGCUGAAGGCCCAGUUGCUUUUACUGCCACCAAGAGCAGCAGUCAAAGUCAUAUUGGGAUCAAGCAAAACAUUUUGUUUGAAAAAAUUGUCCUUAACCUAGGGGGAGGGUACCAUCCGGAUCAUGGACUUUUUAUCGCACCAGUUCCGGGGGUCUAUAUGUUUUCUACAUCAUUGCUGAGCUUUUACACUGGAAGCGUCGAACUCCAUGCGGAUUUAGUUCACAAUGGGAAUGUGAUCAACCGUGUAUACGGACACGGCGAUUCUGGGCGUCAUGCCCAAGGUAGCCAAACGGCAGUACUUCAGUUGCAAGUCUCGGAUGAGGUCUGGGUAAGGAACAUCGAUUAUAACGACGAGUCUGUAUAUGGUGGUGCUUACUCGAGCUUCUGUGGUUCUUUGUUGUACCCGAAUUGAAGUAUGAUACAGAUGUA